UGUAAAAGCGCUGCGUCUAAUUGCUUAAUGAGCCAUCGCGAUUUGCGAGGCCAGUAAGAAAAUAAUGUUAAUAGUUACAUCAAAGAUAAUUGAAUAUAUUUGAUUUUUUGCAGCGAAGACUGAUGAAAGAUUCGAUCAACGAUUAAGACGACGCUAUCAAGACGGACGCUAUUUAGAUGUUGCUCUAAACAUCGCGAUUGGAUUAAUUGCAUCGUAAUCCAUAAUAAUCUUGCGCCGCUGAUGCGGAAACAUCGAGAAGCGUGCAUCUUGACACUUUCGCAAGAAAUGAAUGAUCAGUUCUACAAAUAUUAGCCGGGCGACUAUUUCGCCACUGGGUGGGGUGAUGCUGUUAGGUAAGAUUGUAAAUCACCGAUUGUAUAUAAACUGAGCAUUUAGCUCUCGGUGGUUAUAAAACGGUGACAAUUCAGGAUCGAACAAUGAAGGCCUUGAUCUUUUUAAUCAUCACCGUUGCCAUGACUUUGGCUAUUCCGACGCAUUAUCUAUACCGCGGACCACCGGCGCCUCUAAGCCACGAUGGGAGGGUCGUGGACACGCCGGAAGUAGCACACGCCAAAGCGGUGCAUCUCGCCGCCGUAGCGGAAGCUGCCGCGAGGGUUCCGCACAGCGUGGCUCCCUACUCGAAAAACAGAGACUAUCACGGAUAUGCGAAACCCAUAUCGGUUGGUCAUCAGAGCUACCACAGCGGAUACGGAUAUCACGGGCCACCUGCUCCGUUAGAUCACGACGGUCGCGUAAUAGACACGCCGGAAGUGGCCCGAGCGAAAGCCGCUCAUCUGGCGGCUUACAAUCACAUAGCUUCCAAGACACCUGUCGCGUACGAUCAUUCGCAGAUUUACAAGCCACCGAUUUACAGCCGCGACGGCUAUUACGGCGACCACCGGUCCGACGACGACGGGGCGAUUAACGGUUACGACGACGAUUAUUGAUUUUGUCAGUCAAAGGAACGCGGCAACGUGACCGCGAGUCGACACUUUCGCGGCCAAUUGGCGACGACGCGCUGACAAAAUUUAAUAGAAUUGCGAAAUUGACGCCGCCGCGAUAUUGCGCGAUUGGAAAACGCGUGGAAUUGCGCGUUCCUCAAUUUGAUACGGACAGUAGUUUGUUAUACAAUGCAUUCGAGUUUCGUGAUACGAUACGUAAAUGACUUGCACCUUGCAUCAUCAGCUUUCAGGCUGAACCGCAAGAUUCACGUACCGGUUCGUAAGGUCUUAUCUAAGACGUAUUUUAGCUUGUAAGAAAUAUAAAGCAUUCCAUUGCUACUUGAUUUCUUAUU